AUGGUGUGGCCCAAGUUGUCCUCCUUCCCUCCCACUCGGGUCUGCGUUUCUGUCUCAAUCGCUUUCUUCCACCGGCACCUUAGUGAUGCCCGCCCCAAGGAGCGUUGGUCCCCUGCCAAGUGGCAGGACACCCUGUCCUUCCCUGAGCCUGGCCAAUGCCGUCCCCUCACUGUUAUUUCUCCUCUUUCCAGCCCACGUCUCUCAUGGAAAAGAAUCAUGAGCGUCUUUUUCUUGCCAUUGAUCUCAUCAGGCUUUGCUCCUCGGGCAAAAUAUAAAGAGAAAGAGAAGCUUCCUGUCCAGGAAGCUGGGCCGCAGCCACACCAGAGCAGGUUUAAUUGGUCCCAUCUGACCCCUCUGGAGCUGAAGGACCGCACGGUGGGACUCCAGACGCAAAGCACGCCUGAGAGUAACCCGCACUUCACACUGGAGGGGCACAAGUUCCUCAUCUUCGGGGGCUCCAUCCACUACUUCCGGGUGCCCAGGGGGUCCUGGCGGGACCGCCUCCUGAAGCUGCGGGCCUGCGGCUUCAACACUGUCACCACCUACGUCCCCUGGAACCUCCAUGAGCCACAGAGAGGCACAUUUGACUUCUCCGGGAACCUGGAUCUGGAGGCCUUUGUCCGGAUGGCCGCGGAGGUCGGGCUGUGGGUGAUCCUGCGUCCGGGCCCCUACAUCUGCAGCGAGAUCGACCUCGGCGGCCUGCCCAGCUGGUUACUGCAGGACCCAGAGCUGAGACUGAGGACAACCGACAAGGGCUUUGUCCAAGCGGUGGAUCGAUAUUUUGAUCAUCUGAUGGCCAGAGUGGUUCCUCUCCAGUACCGCCAGGGAGGCCCCGUCAUCGCCGUGCAGGUGGAGAACGAGUACGGUGCGUUCGCUAAGGAUAGAGCGUACAUGCCGCAUCUUCACAAGGCCCUGCUGAACAGAGGGAUCGUGGAGCUGCUCUUGACCUCUGACGCGGAGAAUGACGUGCUCCAAGGCAGCAUAAAAGGAGUGCUGGCCACCAUCAAUAUAAAUUCAUUUCAGAAGAAUACUUUCGAGCACCUUGAGAGAGUGCAGAGAGAUAAGCCCAUUAUGAUUAUGGAAUAUUGGGUUGGCUGGUUCGACACGUGGGGAGGUAAACACAUGGUUAAAGAUGCGGACGAUGUUGUGAAAACUGUGUCUGAAUUUAUCAAAGCUGAGAUCUCCUUCAACACGUAUAUGUUCCACGGGGGAACCAACUUCGGUUUCAUAAAUGGGGCCACGGAUUUUGGGGAACACAGCAGUGUCGUCACCAGCUAUGACUAUGAUGCUGUGCUGACAGAGGCCGGGGAUUACACCAAAAAAUACUUCAAGCUUCGGAAACUCCUUGGAUCCGUCUUAGCAUCUCCCCUGCCCCCCUUACCUGAGCUCAUUCCAAAGGCUGUGUACCCUUCUGUGAGACCAUCCCUGUACUUGCCGCUGUGGGAUGCCCUACAGCACUUAGACGAGCCGGUCAUAUCCAGCGCCCCCGUCAACAUGGAGAGUCUCCCCAUCAAUGCUGGGAACGGUCAGUCCUACGGGUUCGCACUUUAUGAGACACCCAUCUGCGCCAGAGGCUGGCUCCAUGCGAAGGUUCGAGACACGGCACAGGUGUUUUUGAACGAGACACAUAUAGGGACCCUGGAUGGUGGUAAUCAGAACUUGCGCAUCCCUAAAGUCAAGGGAUGCCAGCUCCUGAGGAUCCUGGUGGAGAACCAAGGACGAGUCAACUAUUCAUGGAAAAUUCAAGACCAGCGGAAAGGAGUAACCGGACCCGUGACCAUCAAUAGCACCCCCCUGGAGGGGUUCACUAUCUAUUCUCUGGAAAUGAAAACGAGCUUCUUUGACAGGCUCCGCUCUGCCGCCUGGAGGCCUGUCUCCAAUAGCUCCCUGGGCCCUGCCUUCUACCUGGGCACCCUGCAGGCUGGCCCUUCUCCCAGGGACACCUUCCUGAGGCUGCUGGACUGGAGUUAUGGAUUUGUGUUCAUCAAUGGCCGUAACCUUGGGCGAUACUGGAAUAUUGGACCACAGCAAACACUUUACCUUCCUGGGGCCUGGCUGCAUCCGGAAGACAAUGAGAUCAUUGUGUUUGAAAGAAGCAAGAGUGGUUCGUCCAUCCAAACUACAGACAAACCGAAGCUGUAAGACUGUGUUGUGACAUUUUUUUUUUUGGUGGAUUGUUGGAGUUCGUCUACCAGCAGGUUUUCACGAGGAAGAUUUAUGUCUAGAAUACCAAACACACUGUUGUCUGCAAUAACAAAUGUUGGAAAUAAUAUUCAAUAGGGAAAUUGUUAUAUAUAUUGUAGUAUAGUCAUAUGCUGCCUAUUUUUAGGUCUUAAAAAGCAUUCAAAUCUUCAGUGACUAGAUUUACGUAGUUAAAGCUUAGUCCUUAGCAGGUUAUUCUCUAAUUAAAUGUGCCUUUAGGCAGAUGUGAAUAAAAUAAAAACA